AUGGCCGGACUUGUACAGCAAGUUGCUACUCCAGUGCACAGAACCGCUGCUCAACCGGCUCCUCAAACUGCUGUUCCUGCUGCUCGGACCGCCGUUCUCGAUGCUCGGACCGCCGUUCCCGCUGCUCAAACAACCGCUCAAACCGCUCCUGCUGCUCGGCCUGCCAUUCCCGCUGCACCUGCUGCGCGGUCCGGCAAAUCCGCUGAUGGUGCUGGUUCCCCCGAUUUCAGAAAGACCGUCCUCAACAUUCUUACCAGUUGCUAUGUGAGUUGCUCACUUGCUUCGAGUCAAUUGAGCUCCUUGUUCUCUGCCUCCAGUGGCCGGGCCCGGCUUACUGUAACCUCUUAG